AUGACCACCCUUCCUGAAGCCAAUGCUAAAUUCGCCGUUGACGUUUUCAAAGUGUUGACCACUGAGCACCAAUGCGACAACCUCGUGUUCUCCCCUGUGAACCUCACCGCAGGCCUGGGCCUACUCGCUUAUGCAUCUGGUUGUGAACAAGCAGAUCAGAUCGAGAAGGUCCUGCAUUGGGAUGAAGUGAAAGAGUGUGACAAACCCAGAAGCAGGAGCCUGGGACAUUCAACAACCAGACUAAGAAGGGCACAAGAAAAAGUUGAAACCUGCCCCAGACCAAGACCCCGUCCUGAGCCAACCAAGCCUGAAGCAACUUGCCCCAGACCAAGACCCCGUCCUGAGCCAACCAAGCCUGAACCAACUUGCCCCAAACCAAGACCCCGUCCUGAGCCAACCAGGCCUGAGCCAACUUGCCCCAAACCAAGACCCCGCCCUGAACCAGAGCAACCUAAACCUUGUGACAAGAGACGAGUCAUUCACCGCCCAGCUCCUUGCCCUGAGCCUGAGCCUGAGCCACGUUGUCCUAGACGCGAUGUUCCCUGCUACGAGUGUGAGGAGCCUGAAGGAAUCCAUACGGCAUUCAGCAAAAUCCUUGCAACUCUUAAUGAGCCCAGCAGCAACUAUACCCUGAGCUUUGCCAACAAGCUCUAUGGAAACAAGGACAUUGCCUUCAUCCAGAAAUUCCUUUACUGUGCUCUGAAACUGUACUUGACUGAAGUGGAGAACGCUGAUCUGCAUAAUGCCCCAGAGGAAGUGAGGAGACUCAUCAACCUUUGGGUCGAAGUCCAGACACAUGGUAAGAUCAAGGACCUUCUCCCCAAGGACAGCUUUGACUGCCUUGCUCAGCUCCUGCUGGUGAAUGCUCUCUACUUCAAAGGACAAUGGGAAGUGAAAUUUGACAAAGAGCUCACAGAAGAAGCUCCCUUUUACCCUCAUUAUGCAGAUGAGAAGGAAUGCCACAGCGUGCAGCUGAUGCACAGGAAGGGUGUCUACAAUGCAGGGACAAUUGACCUAUGCAAUGUUCAAGUCCAAGUUGUUGAGAUCCCCUACAAGAACAAUGAACUGACCUUCGUUCUGCUACUGCCAGUAGACUGCAAUGCAGAAGCUCUUGAACAGCUGGAAGAUGGACUUAGCCACAAGCAUCUGCUUGACCUGUCCUGUCAUCUGAAGGCCAUUGAGGUGGAUUUGGCCAUUCCCAAGUUCAGCUCAGAGAAGAGCAUUGAAGCCAACGAAUACCUGAAUCUGCCGGAUCUGACUGACCACGAAAAGGCUGAUUUCUCUGGAGCAACCACAACAGAAGGCGUGGCUCUGACUCAGCUGGUCCAUGAUGCUGCUAUCGAGAUUGAUGAGGAGGGUGGUGAAGAACCAGAGCCAGUCCCUUGCCCCAAGGAUAGGCGUCCACGUCGGGAACCAGUGGAGAUUCGGGCUGACCAUCCUUUCCUCUAUUUCAUCGUGCACAACUGCACCCAGAGCAUCAUUGCUCUAGGUAGAUUUGCUAAGCCAGAAUAAAGGAAGAGUUCUGAUGCAUGGAACAAGAUCAAUGGAAAACGGAUAUGGAAGAUGUUUUAUAGAAAAAACCCUAGUAUUUCCCCCUCUCUGCCUCAUAUUUUGUAAUGUCAAUCAUUGCAGAUACUUGGUCAAAGAGAACUUUCAUUUGGUGGUGGGCCUAAUUUUCAUGGUAUGAUCAUGAUGUUUUAGAGGAUUGCUGUCCUACCUGUCUGCAAUUCUUUCUCUGCCUAUUUUACAACUUUUCGAGGAAAAUCUUGCCUCCUGAGUGCUGAAUACUGUCCUAGUUCUUAAACAGAAAUCUGGGUCAUCAGAACAGCUGAUAAAACAGAAAUGUCUAUAUUCUGAAUGGAAGAGAGCUUCUUUCCCUUAAGGUCUUGCAUGAAGCGCAAUAUUCGGGGUGUGAAGUUUUCCGUGCUACUAUAGCACUGUGAUCGAAGAAGCUGCCCUUCUUUGGGCUACAGUUGACACCAGAAUGGAGCCUGGAGGCAGGAAUAUGUCACUACUCUGGAAUCUGCUUCCUGAUGAAUGUUUUCCUGUUGAUUCCUGUUGCAAUCCUGUCUGAAUAACUGAAACACAUUUGUAUGCCUUCUGCUGAAUUACUUUCCCUGAAGUCAGCAUGAGGAUUCCAGCCUACACCUACUUACCUUUGAGUAAGCUCUGCUGAAUUCAGUGGGACUUACUUUUGAGUAGACACAUAUAGCAAUACAGGACAAAAACAGUAAACUGUAGUGUGGCUCCUCAAACUGAUUUUUUUUGGCUAUGAUGUCUGUGAGGCUAUACUCUUUCUUUGAAACCUAUGAAACCCUGUAGCAUCUUUUUUUUCUGAACUGCACAAUAUCUCAA